UCACCGCUCCACACCCCACAUCCAUGAUUCGUCGACAUCCCAUCCUUCACCCAACCUUACAAUAACACGUCGCUCGACACGUUGUUUUUGCUCGUGGUCAAUUCAUGCUACAAUAAAUACUGAUAAAGACCCAUACUUUUGGCCAACAUUGAAUACCACAAAUUUUUCAUUACGACUACAAAAUGAGCGUGACGGAUAGCAGCAGCUACAGUGGUUUCUUAUCGAUACCCACCGAGAUACGAUGCCAAAUUUACGACUACCUCCUCACGGAACCGCACGCAAUCACAAUUAGUGCUGGCUACACUACGUGUUUUGGCAACCGGAUACAGGAUCGCGCUCGCAAGACGAAAAUUCCUGGUCUACCACUCGAUCUCGCGCCGCUGGCACGCCGCCACCACGAUGCAUCUCUCCUCUCAGUCGCGAAGCCACCCACGAUUGCCGUCGAGAAUGGACACAUGGAAGACAUUGAGGGCGAGAGGCUGGGCUUCCCCGCUGCGGUGGCGCUGAUGUUGACGUCUCGAUUGAUCAAUGACGAGUUGAACGAUUGUGUUCGUAGGCGGAGACACAUCGCGCAGGCGCGUUCUACUGUUGAUGCCGAUGGAGUCGUUCACGACGACGAACAAGACCAGGAAGGCCUGUCACUUUACGUGUCUUAUCCUUACGGCGUCUUGGUAUUGAAGCACCAAUACCCAUACCUAUUGAAACAAGCGCGUCGAGUCUACAUCUCUGGAUACUACACACCUCAGCAAGAGAACCAGCUCGAUCAACGAGAUCUCCAGACAAGCCACGAUGAGCGCUUGACGCCAUCCAGCAGCUUCGCAGCACAAUCCUUCACCACGCCGUCAUCCGGACCAACAACAAGCUUCACACGCUCCACCUCCCGACGAACAGCCCGCCACGGCGUCUCCAUCAACGCCGCGCGCCCUCGCCUCCGCCUCGAUCCUCCCCUCCCACGCGAAUCCCGCCAAACAACCAGCAUACCCACAAUCUUCCCCUCCUUCUCCGUCUCCACCUCGACCGAAGCCCCUGCCGCCCUCGCCCACCUCAUCACCACCCUCUUCCCCAAACACACCACGCCCCUCACGAAACUCACAACCCGCAUCCUCUUUCCAGGCGAAGAUUCAUACGGCUCCGUCUGGGGCGACGACAAUAGUCCCGUCUCACACAUCCUGCGUAGUAUCCGCGGCGGCAAGAUCGAUAUGAAGGUCCUGAGAGGUAGCCUGGGAACCGGCCUGAGGCUGACGGCUAGGCCGAAACCUGAAACGAGGAUUGUGAGUACGAGUUGGGUUAACUGGAAGAAGGGGGAUGUCGCCACGAGAGGUGCAGCGGGGACGGUGAGGAGGGCAGGUGGAAGAUUGGGUGUGGGUGAUUUGGAUGCGUUUUUGAUGGGUGAAGAGGGGGCUUAGGACGACUUUGACAUCUACGGAGAAAAGGAAGGUGUCUGUGGACGAAUGGCAUGGCUACUGUGUGGCAUGUACAGUUUCACAGACUUUUGACUAUAUAUGUUUUCUUUGUACGAUACAUUCAGUUAUAUAUCUUUUAUGUUCACCCGAACGAGCGAUUCACCAGACCAUUCGAAUAGAACAGUCUGCUGGAUUUCAGCCUCUUCUCUUCAAUUCCUGGUAUCCUCCGUCUCUAUUACGCUCGAUAUAUCUAUUCCAACUGUGCACUCUUUUGGUAACGAGUGCGCUACCCGACGUGCUCUUCGAGCCUUUCAUCCUCUUCG